GGAGAGGCGGGGCCAAGGCUGGGGCCUGACUAAACCUGGAGCUUCGGGAGGCCGAGGGGCUUCGACCCGGCUGAGGAGCGAGGAGUCGCUGGCAGCGCCGACCUCACCGCCGCUCCGGGUCUCCUUGACAGACGGAAAAUCUGAAGUUUUUAGAACUUCAGCUAUCAAAAUGGGAAGAAUUUUCCUUGAUCAUAUUGGUGGUACUCGCCUGUUUUCUUGUGCAAACUGUGAUACGAUCCUCACCAACCGCUCAGAACUCAUCUCUACCCGGUUUACAGGUGCCACUGGUAGAGCAUUUCUUUUUAACAAGGUAGUUAAUCUGCAGUACAGUGAAGUUCAAGAUCGAGUCAUGCUCACUGGCCGCCACAUGGUUCGAGAUGUGAGCUGCAAAAACUGCAAUAGCAAACUGGGAUGGAUCUAUGAGUUUGCCACUGAAGACAGCCAGCGUUAUAAGGAAGGCCGUGUGAUCCUGGAACGUGCACUAGUUCGAGAGAGUGAGGGCUUUGAGGAGCAUGUACCAUCAGAUAACUCUUGAAGAAAAAGAGAUAAAUCCUUCUUUUCCCAGGUUUCCUUCACUGAAAACAAAUCUACUUACAUACACUGUCACCUUAGCAUCAGAGUCGGAUUCAUGAACUGCGGAACAAGAGGUUGUGAGAAUCUAAGAUGGAACCUUUCUCUCUUUUUUUAAUUUUGUAUUUUCCAUCCAACAGCAGUGUGUAGAGAAUAUGAUGCACAUGCCAUUAAUUUUUUUCCCUUCGUUUACAUCUUGAGGCAGAAGAGUCUCUGCAGCUACAUGGUAGGCUAUGUGAGGAAAAAAAUUGGGGCUAUUAGAGUGGAAAAAGUGUGUUUUAUGUAAACUUUGAUGGAGAAUAUGUCAGGAGCAUGGUUUUAAAACUUAUUUGGGCUUCAUUUUAAAACUUUUUUUUUAACCCAGUUAUUUCACUUGAUUUGCUAGCUUCAGAGAAGAGAUCCGAAUCUGUGCCCAGCGCUAAAGGCUCAGUGUUAGUAUGGCUUGUGCUGGCCAGUGUGCCAUAUUCUUGUUGGAGAUGAACUGUAGCACCAGAGCCCAUUUUUUCUUGUCAGUCUUGACCCAAAGAUGUCACCAUUCCCAGUUGCUUGUCACCACAUAAUUGGUGUUGAUUGGAAAUUUUUUUCGAAAUGGGGCAGAACUGCUUGGUUGUCUUUUUCCAUGUAACUUAAGCAUAGUAAUAUAAAUAAAGUAAUAGUUGGA